AUGUCCGAGAAUAUUGACGAUUAUGCAUCAAAUAUUCGAAAAUUGCAGCUUAUGGGAUUCGGAAAUGAUUCAGAAAUCAAGGAAGCCUUAGUGUCAUGUGAAAACGAUAUUGAUUGCGCAAUCACGUUUUUAGUGAACCGAAAUUUUGAAACAGUUUCCGAGACUCAUGAUAUUGCAAUCACUGAGAAACAGGAUUUCAUUUCAGUUGAAGUCAAGAACUUCCCUGUUGACGAGCUUAAAAAGCUUGAAGAUUCCCUGUACAUCAAGAAAUGGAAUAUACCCUGUCUCAGGUCUCAAUCCCUUGGACUCUGCCUUUCAAGCGCAAUUCAUAUUGUUACUUCUGGUGACCUUUCCGCAUUUGAAUCAAUGGAGCCUCUCCAACGGUUUAUGUCCAAAUGUCUCCCUGAAUGCCUCAACAAGUUUCUAAAAUCGAAUGCCGUUUUGCAAUGGGAUGUGGAGACACUAGAAGGAGUUCACAAUAUGUUGGAAUUAGCAGUUCAACUCUCGGUGGAGUGCUUGACCGUUGGUAAAAGGAACAUGUCUCACGUUGACAUGACAACUCUGCAUGCUAGUUUACAGAAUUUGAUAAUUCUAGCUUUUUCAUACUUGGAAUUAAUUUUCGACCCGGAGUGCAAUUAUCAUCAACGUUGUCGGGACAGGACUACAAACACUGGAACAUAUGUCGAUCACUUUAACACUUGGGGGUCAAACAAAGAAGAUACUGGAGAGAAGCAGGCAAUUGCUGAAAUUCUUCCUGCACCAAAAAACUUCUACCUUGUCAACCUACUCAAUUGCUUUGGAGCUCAUGGUGGCAUGGAAUUGGUUCUGUGGUACGGUACUCGGCCUCAUUUACCUCUUAAAAUGAUGCAGUCAGUGAUGGAACCACUGGCUAAUGUCGCCGAAUACCUCACUCCAAGAACCAUAUGUCGUUACGUUGGAUGGUUAAUUAUUCGUACUUUCUGGCUCAUUCACAAUCUUACCUAUGAAGACUUCAACCCACAAGAGUCGCGAAUUUUCGAUCUCAUCACCUCUCUCCGGGUUCUCUGCUAUCGUUUUGCCAAUAUUUCACCAGACGCAAUUAACCAGGAAUCAGAUCUUCCGUUCGAUGUUACAGAUUUUUCCCAACCACGCCAACCAGAUUGGGAUAAAUGGAUGGCGGAGAACCCGGUUGUUGCUCCCACUACUGCACUCUCAGUCGCAAAAGUGGAUGAAAGACACUUGGUCGUUCUUUUGUCUUCCCUUUGUCCACCUGCCGGAGCGUCAAGUUCCUUUAAAGUGAGGAUGCUAGCAAUCCGACAUUUGAUUGAUCUGGUGACCGCGGUCCAACAGGCCAAGUUGACAAAGGCUGCAGCCACAGCUGGAAGUGGAGCUGUGGUCACGUCGACUUCAAUUCUUGCGGCGGAAAAUCAGUCAUUCUUGAGAAGGAGGAAAUUGCAUCGCCUUAUCAGACAUGAUACACUGAUGCAUUGGGUUAGGGAGAAGGCGGUUGUGCAGUCCAUUAUGACCAACCUCGACAACGUUACUUAUGUUGCUACACUGUGCGAACUCUUUCGAUGCCUGGUCGAUCAUAUAACAAUGGAGGAUAUUACAAUUCUCUGGAAAUGCCAAGAGACUCAAAGCAACGCUGGUGUAAACAACAUCCUCAAACUCCUUUCAGAGGUCAGCGCCAACGGCUUCAAUCAAGCUCAAUUCGAGCAUGUUCAACAGCUCGUUAGAGAAAGUUGGUGUGCCUUGGAUAUACAAUCCCGGAUCCAGUUCACCCGUUCAGGUGGAGAUGGUAAAAUCGGCAUGAAGCACCGUUACCGCCAUCGGCUUUCUAUUAAUACCACAACAACUCUACCUACGCGUCAUCCAAUCGUGGAAUCUUCUGAAAUUCGAAAUGCCAGACAUCGUCUACUCAAUUUCGUCGCAACCAUAGCUAUCGCAUCCCGAGAAGCAUGGGUCUCGGAGGCAUGUCUCCGGUUGCUUUGGCAGCUCUCUCAUGGACUACAUCCAAAAUCUCCAGAAAGGCGAAAAUCGGCUUCAACUGAUAUCGAGGAGAAGGGAAAAGGAGGUUCUGGAAAAUUCGAAAGAUUUGUUAGUGCCCUGAGUAGUGGAAGUAGUGGAUCUAGCAAUGUUGGACGUGUUGGAGGAAGUGCUGUUGGGGUGGAUGGGGGAUCGAUGAAUCAUGCUCCUUUGAAUCCGGAGCAUACCGAGGCAGCGAUCAACCAACUAGUGAUUGUUUUGAGGGAAUGUCGACUACCCGCGAAUGAGCAAAGGCAGAGACUCAAUUCGUGGUUAUCUGUUGCGGCUGAAGAAUUAAAGAGGGGCAGGUCAGCGUACUAUGUCCUGGAUUUUCUGCAAACCAUUCUCGAUCUAAUCUGCAAACCCCUCCCUGGACGAAGUAAAAAGGAUGCCCUUCGUGAAUUGAACAAGACUCACUCCCUCAUCGACACAGUUUGCAACUCCCUCCAUCGGGUUCAAAAACACGCAACCACUGCCAAGCACGGGACCGCUCCUUCUAUUUCAAAAUCGUCAAGCUAUGAACAUGGAAUCAGCGCCCAAAAUUGUGAUGUGAGUCCGGUGGUCAAUCGACAUUUGACUGUUCUACAUUAUAUACUAAGCACGGCGGAUAUUCACCUAUCCACUGAUAGGACUCAAGGAAUUUGGGAUACUCUUGUGAAUGACUUUGGUGGCGCGCAUUUUGAUGUAGAAAAAACUCUUCUCUGGUUCUCCUCAGCAAUUGAUCUUCUUGAAAGUGAUGCUCAAAACAGCCUAUUUACCAAGAAUAUUAUAAAACUUCCACCAACUAGCAUCCAAACCUUUAAAGGGUUUCAAUGUUUUGAAUCCUUCUUUGUCAAAGUGAAUCUCAAUGAGGGCCGACUUAAGACGAGCCAAGAUGGCUGGACUGUCGAGAGGAUGGACCUAAUUGGUGUUGAUUUUCUGUGGGAUCUUUACGUAUCUUUGCCACCACCAAUCAAAUCACUUGACAAUCAUGAAGUUGCCGCUUCUACAACACCGUCUAUUAGUAAAGUGAGCUCUCAUAUUGACGUAAAGAUCAACGCUGAAGCUUUGACAGAAAUACUCCCAGAGGCUCAAGUUGUCAAUCGUCGUCAGGCCAUUCAUAAAGCCAGAAAACUCCUGCUACUCAUCUCUUGGUCUCAACUUUCAGCUAAACUGAAGCGAGACCCGGAGAGCUGCCACAAACGUUUCUUCGACUACUGUCGAAAGCGAAUCGAGAUAAAUCUAGCAGCAUCACCAUCAUACACCAAUCAUUCUGAAAGAAUUCAAUUGGAGGGUCAACAACUGGCCACAAUGAAUCGUUCAACUCACCCCAGUCUUCGUUCACUCCUAGCUGACACAGGUCAAUUUCUGGCUUCUCUCCUGGUUGGUCCUAAAGCUGCCGCCUCUGCGCGAUGUCGACUCAGUAAGACUUCGAGAUUGGCUCUCUAUCGCCUACUCUACAUCGUUUUCUCCUACAUUGAAAACGCCGAGGAUGAGCUAAUAGGAGCACAUGAACCACCAAGCUGUUGGAAGCCGCAUUACAUGUCGUUUCGAGGCUGGGAGAUGAGAAUUCCACUACGAGUUUUCAGUCCAUCCGGUCAGCUACUGAUCUCCUCGACUUUGCCUCUAACCGCCCGUUGUCACAUGACCUCUUUCAAUCUCUGCCUCAGCGAUGUGACAGCAAAUUACCUCAAGAAUCCAGUUCUUAUCGUUCAUUCAAAUGCUACUCUAGCGUCUGUUAGAAAACUUGUCGCUCUAAUCAUCCCCGUGUGUCUUUACGCUAUUUCAAAUACGACAACCCAGUUUGCAAUCGGUUCAGAAGUCCUUUCUCUUGAUUCGAUUAAACCUCCUGGUGUCAGUGGUCUACACGAAUUAACAAAGCGGAAUCGUCAGGCCCCUCUAUCUGACCCUAAAAGUGAGACGCCUCUUGGACAUAAACUUGAUCGAGAGGCGAUUGGAGAAUUGGGAUUUCAAACUGGAAGAACCCUUUUGAUCAGACUUCAUCCACAUUCUGAUUCACAUGGUACCACCAAUGGGAGUACUUCAAAUAUUUCUGACGGCCUCCUGCGUCGAUCUUCUGGAUCAUCAAUGAAGUCAAGUGCUAGUGGAAGGCUUCACGUUUCAGGUGUAUUAAAUCCAGCUCCAUCAGGCUCAUCUCUAUCGAAAAAGUCAUCCUUCAUGCAUAUUGAUAGACAGAACACGCCGAAUUCAACAGGAUCUGGAAAUUCAGGAGAUCUGAAUGCCGUACUAGCUCCAUUUAAUCUUCCUAGUUUAAUGCUUUCAGCAAAUGGAUCAGUGUAUGAGUCCUUGUUCGGCAUUGCGGAGAAUAAUCUAGCCGAGACUGGAUCGGCACAAAAUGGACCAAAUUUAUUGCACAUGACACGACUGCUAUUGUACUGCCUUCCCACUUACCACCAACAGGAUGGAAUUCAUGGUUCAGAGAAAUCGGGAAAAGGGAGUAUGAAAUCAGCUUCAGGUGCCUUUGCUUCCUCGAUGAUUUGUACUCCCCAGAUCUUGGUGAAAGCUCCACAAUUUAGGCUACUUUACCUUCUACAAAUACUAAGCAGUCAUUUUGUGUCGCGUGAAUCUUCAGCCUGGUGGGAAUGCGCUCCGAACACAGGUCUGAAUACUUCUUCCAAAAUUCUUCUCUCUUCUGAAGUCUCUCGCAGUGAAAUUCUUCAUUAUUCACCCAACCAUACCAUUCCACCUGAACUUGAAGAUAAUAAUUCAUUGCAAACUGAGAGUCAUGGUGAAAGCACAAGCACAACCCCAACCCAAGCAGUCAGACCGGCAACAUCUGGCAUGGCCUUAAUCUCAUCAGAAAUUUGUCUCAAUGUCCCCUCAAAGAGUUCUAUGAUUGAACACGUUGCUAAUGCUUCAACCUCAUGUCCACCCUCUCCAGAAAUGAAUAGAAAACCAAAGAAACACAAAAUGAGAUGGUUUAUUGGAGGUGAUAGCAGUAGUGAGGAUUCAGCAACACUUGACAAGGUCUACGAAAAGAAUGAUUGGUUAGAGUCUCUGGUUGUUGUUCUCAGGAAGCAGUUGAUUGAAGACACUGUGAAGACAGAGGAGCGUGGACCGCUUCUGAUGCCGGGGAUGUUUGCCCGAAUGGUGCUCCCCAAAGAGGCUCCACCGACCCCUGCAGCGAUAAUCGCUGAUGCCUCCAGGUCGGAUGCCUGGAUCUCAAGGGAGAUUAAACACUGUGCCCUUCAGAUUCUGGCUACCCUUCUCAAUCCCUCUACCUUUGGAUCAGUGGAUGGUAUUGGGUCCAACUCGCGGUCAUCAAGUUUCUCAUCCAGCUACAGUUCAAUCUCAACAUUGAUGCAACCCGAAUUCGCACCCAAGUUGCUCUCCGUGUUGAUGGACACAGCCCUGGCUAGUGCGACUAACGCGUGCGAUGGACAACCAGGCGAUUGUCUCUCUCACAGCGUUGAAGGAGGCACGAAUAGUUCGAAUACUCAAAGGAAACAGAAGCGUCGAGGCUUGUUGCCCAUAAACGAAAGUCAUGCGGGGGUUGCUAACGCUCUAGAUCCAUUGACCAGCUCAACUUCGUAUGCUCUUACGUGUCAGGAUGUCGAGAUUGCUGUACAAAGCACGCGACUCUUGUGCCAAUGUGUCUAUUCCUAUUCAUCGUUCUUCAUGUGUCCAUUUGUGAAGAUGCCCGAUCUCAGAGGCUCGAUCAUUCGACUUCUAGUCACCUCUCCAUCUCUCAGGAUUCGCACAGAGACGUGUCAACAACUAAAACAGCUUCUUUAUCUCUUCGCUGGUCAUCAACACCAGUCAAUAACCACGUCAUUUGGGGUGGAGCCCUGUUGUCAACUCUUUGCCUGGGAAACAUCUCAUUCUGCCAGUCCACCGCCCUACGGUUUUGACCAAUUUUCCCUCCAAAUGGCCAGAAAGAACGCAUACAUUGAUAUUCUUCUUGAUGUUCUUUUCCGCAUUCCUCGGGAAUCUGGAAUGAUGAAAGGCUCCUCGUCUUCGAACAGCAAAGUUCUUCUUCCACCCUUCUGGACAACGAAUAAAUUGAGUACACUGGUAGAUAAUGAAGAGAAGAACAUUAUGCUGCACUGUUCGGAGUUCUUCAGAUUGAGAGGACGCAUCUUUGGUUUAGUAGACGAGGGAUGUCUGGAAGAGUAUGCUGGACAGAAUCACGUGGCCAUUUUCGAGAGUGAAAUCCAGUGGUUCAAGGACUUUGCUCACACGCAUUCUAAGGCUCAAUUUUGGGACGAUGUCACCUUGCCUAUGCUAGACUGUGCCCUCCUCAAUGGCCACCUCUGUUUCCUCCGAAUGGCCUGUAUACAGCUGAUCGCCAUGGUGGCCGGUCGGAGCGCCAACCAAUCGCGUUCUGGGGGUGCUGGCUGCAUUACUCCCUCUGCAGGAGGUCACUCAACAGGACUUUCGAGCACUGCCGUUUUGGAAGCUGUGGGCGGGGGAAGUGGCGCUCGUCAUAUUACCGGUUGUCGUGGUCUCGCGCCACCUUCAUUCCUUUUGGCUGGAAAUAGGAAGGAAAAGAACAAAGAUGGUUCUGAUCCUCCUCCAAUUCCGAAAUCCGCUCAAAAUCUUACUUCUCAAUCAUCAACCCUCUCAAUUUCCGAUUCAAAGUUGACAACGUUGGUGACAAAUUGUAUCCACCUUAUGAGAGAUCUCGUUCCUAUUCUCAUAACCAACUAUAUGUUCCCAGUCGCCAACACUAUGUGUGAGGAAUACUAUACACUUCCUACAAGCAACGCUGAAGACAAACCCAUUCGUGGUAACACACUUCUCCAGCCCCCGUCCAAAAGAUUGGAUGGAAACGCUCGCCAGGAGGCCUUUAUGCUACUCCUCUUCCUUGCUCGAAUGGAUUUUCAAAGCCUUGAGAGUACUGUUAAUCUCCUUGUUCGACUGCAUCAUCAGAAUCUUCCAGAAGAAUCCAGACAGUCACACUCUAUAGCUUCCUCAAUGAACCUUUCACCUGGUGCGAAUCGGCGUGAUUCUGUAGGACUGACAUUCGCCACUGACAGUAAUACUGGAGCGUCAACUUCAAUUAUGUGGGAUUAUAAACCAUCUCUUCGAGGUCGAGCUGCUUGCAACUUUACUGGACUUCGAAAUGGCGGUGGAACGUGCUAUAUGAAUGCGGUACUUCAGCAGCUAUUCAUGCAGCCUGGCGUUGCGGAGGCUAUUCUUGAUGUUCCAACAUCCAAAUUGGAUGAAAAUAGUCUUUUAUACCAAACGCAGGAGCUCUUCUUGAAUCUCCUAUUCUCUCAACUCCAGUACUACGAUCCAGUACAUUUCUGGAAUGCAUUCAAAUUGUGGAAUAUGGACACUCCGAUUGAUCCCCAUGAGCAACAAGAUGCCUUUGACUUCUUCCAGUCUCUGAUCGAUCAACUCGAUGAAGGAAUUAAGAAAUUCAAUGACAUGCCAUUCUUUUCAAGGAUGUUCCAUGGACUCCUCUCGGAUACAAUGUACUGCGAAGAUUGUGGCCAUCGCUACAAUCGAGAGCAGUCUUUUUCGGCCAUCAAUCUGACGGUGUGUACAGGAGAUUUACUGGAGGCAAUGCGCCAAUACACCCGAGAAGAAGUCCUAGAUGGAGACAAUGCCUACUUCUGCGAGCGAUGCCAAAUGAAGCAGCGAACCCUCAAGCGUCUCACUUUCAACUCCCUUCCCCCCGUUCUCUGCCUUCAACUCAAGAGAUUUGGCUUUGAUUGGGAGAGACAGGUUGCGGUAAAAUCUAAUCAGGCUUUCUCCUUUCCUCGUCGGUUGGAUAUGACACCUUUUAUGGGGGAUAGCGCUGUUGUGGUCAGCUUUUUUUAA